AAAAAAUAAAAAAAAAAAACCAUGAAAAAAUAUUUACCAAUAGAAAUACUACAAAAAAUAUUUUGUUCGCAAUUAGAUAUAUUAACAUUAUAUAAUUGUUUAUUAGUAAAUAGAUUAUGGUGUAAAACUGUAGUACCCUUAUUAUGGCAAAACCCAUUCUCACAUUUUGAUAAAAAUAAAAUACAAAGGUGGAAAUACAAAAGUUCUUUAAUAAAUACUUACGUUACGUGUUUAGAUUCAAAUGUGAAAAAUUACUUAAAAAAUUCGGACAUAAUUUUACCAGAAGAAAUUAACAAAAGAUCUACAUUUAAUUAUGAAACUUUCUUACAAAGUUUGGAUUAUACAUUAUUAUUUCAAUCGACAGGAAAUUGGAUUGGUGAAGUAGAAAAUUGUACUUUACGUAAAUUGACAUUAAGACAUUAUCUUUUGGUUGAAGAAUUAUGUAAAUUAUUCUUUUCUUCUUCACGGAAUUUAAAAGAACUUAUUUAUGAUAAACCACAUUCUUUGCCUCACGUACAAGAGUUAAGAUAUAUUCCUUUAAAAUAUUUAGGAGCGGAACAAUUCAUGUCAAAAUUAGUUUCAUUUAAAGUAUAUGAUUUAAUUCCAAAUGAAAUAAUAAUCAGUUUAUCACAAAUAUCCCAUCACUUAUCGGAGAUACAAAUUGAAACGACAGGAGAUAAUGAUGAUGUAUUAGCAUCUUUAAUCAGCGUACAAAAAAGUUUAAAAAAGUUAGUAAUUUGUAGUGAAGAUAAUUUACCAAAGUUAUCCGAUGUUUUAAGAAAAAAUUUAUCAUUAUCUUUAACACAUGUAGAAAUUAAUUGGGAAUUUUGCGUACCUUUUGAUAUAUUUUGUAAUUGUUCUGAUACUUUGGAAUAUUUUUCUGUUCAACAAUAUUAUUCAGGGUCAAUAUCUCGAAGUACUUUUCAUCAAUUUUCUAAUACUCAAUUCAAAAAAUUACAUACUUUAAAAAUUAUUACCCCAAAAUUAUAUUUAGAUCAAAUUUCCACUCUCAUAAAGAAUACAAAAGAUACUUUAAAAUAUAUUCAUUUAGAUUAUGAAAAAAUUUCUAUUGAAUCAUCAGUAGAAUUAAUUAAUUCCAUAUCAACAUGUUCUCAAUUAAAUACUUUGGAGAUUUUUGUACCGGAUGAUUCGAUAUCUUGUAUAGUGAAUUUAUUAUCUUCUUGUACGAAAUUACAAAGAAUUUCUUUUUUAACUGGUGAUUCGCUUAAUGAUUUGGAUACUUAUACUGUAGAUAUUAGUGAUAUAUUACCUAAAAUUGGUAAAAUAUUACCAAAUAAUUUAAGUACAUUUUAUUUGAGUCAUAAUUGGAUCACAACCGCAAAUUCUUUAAGAGAUUUCUUGAAAGAAUGUGAGAAAAACUUUAAAAAAAGAGGUGAAAAGAAAUUGGAUUUUAGAAUAAUAAAAGAAUUAUCAGCUGAACAUAUUGACGUUAUUGAAGAAUUUGGUAAACGUGGUAUACUGGAUUUAGAGGAUACAGCUCUUGGUAAAAAUUUACAAUUUUAUCGUCAACAAUUUGAAUGGAAACUAGCACGUAACAUUAUUGUCAACAAGUAAGUGUGGAAUAGUCUUUCCGUAAGUUUAACUUAUUUAAUAAUAUUCUUUCUUUUAUUUUAGACGGAAAGCACAUCUCAAUAAUUUUUCGGAAUUAAUUUAAAAAAAAAAAAAGAAAAGAAAAAAAAAAGAAAAAAAAGAACAAAAAGAACAACAAA